GAUCAAUCGAGGUGAGACUAAUCAAUAACUCUGUGUGUUCAGACAGGUGAACAUGGCAGCGGCCUCCAGCUCCUCCUCCAACAACAGCUGAGCCAGACCACGCCGACGGCCGUCCCUGAUGCUCCUCCAACUCAGACAUCCUCCUCCUCCCUCCUCCUCCUCGUCUUCAUCAUCGUCCUCUGAGUCGAGUCAGAGUUCAGAGGGUCCUCAGCUGCUGAGAGAGCGACAGAACCUGAAGAACCAGGAGAACCAGGAGAACCUGGAGAACCUGGAGAACCUGGAGAACCUGGAGGACCUGGAGGACCUGGAGAACCUGGAGAACCAGGGGGACCUGGAGAACCAGGAGAACAGGGCAGUGGAGCAGACGGACUGGUCUCAGGAGGCGGGCUGUGGGUCAGACCUGUGUCAGAGUGAGGUCUGGUCUCCCGGUAACAGCUCCUCUGGUCUGGCACUCGGUGAACUGGUUCUGCUGGGAGAGAGAGCGGGCGAGCGAGACCAGGAGAGAGAGACCAGGGACGACAGCGUGGAGAGGGAGAGCCAGCGCAGGGCUCUGCUGCUGACCGUUAACCACCUCCUGACUCGACCUGGAGCCGCAGACGCCAGCCUGAUGACAUCAGUGGUGGGCGGGGCUACCACACCAGAGGGAGGGGCCGGUCAGGGAGAGGGGCGGGACCAGAGGAGCGGAGGUCAACGAGGCCAAGUUUUCUCGACUGUCAGACAGCCUGACCUUCGACGUGCCGGACCAUGGCCAGAGCUACAGUUACCAUGGAGACGAGGAGGGGCUAGAGCUGGGUCUGUAGCUGAGGCCACGCCCCUUCUACUGUCAAUCAAUUAUUAAUCAAUCAAUCAGUUAUCUGAUCUAUAACCACUGAACUCAUAUUACAUUAUAUCAAAGUUUAUUAUUGUUGUUGUUUUUGGACGAGGAGCGAGUUUCCAUGGUAACAGGUUGACGACGACGUCAGGAUGGAAACGUUAACGUGAUGAAGGUUACGACCGAGCAGCCGAGGUUAUUAUUAACGUUAAACUCUUCACACUGUGACCUUUGACCUUUGAAAUUCUGAUCAGUUCAUUUUUGAAUCAAAGUUUGAGUCAAAUCUGAGACGGUUGAAAACAUGAGCUCUCAUGUCACCACUGUUGACGACACGGAGAAAAAUAAAAACUAUAUGAUAAUAAUGAUCUGUAUGAUUUAUGUUUCAUCUACGUCUUUAUUGUAAAUAAACUUUAAAAUGAA